AUGUCAACUCAGAAUACUCAGCCGCUCGUAGCUGAUGAGACAAUCCUCAAUGGCCAUGAUUCUAUGUACACUGAGGAAGUCCAAUCAUCGACUCAAAGCAUAAGCAGCAGCAUUCUCCAAUAUCGACAGGAGAAUGGGAGAACUUAUCACGGCUACAAAGAUGGGAAAUACAACGUCCCCAACGAUGAACAAGAGAAUGAAAGGCUCGAUCUACAGCAUGCUCUCUUCCUUCGAACAUUUGAUCAUAACCUUGGCUUUGUCCCGCCGAACGAUCCGGACGCUGAUGUCAAGCACGUCCUCGAUGUAGGCACCGGGACAGGAAUUUGGGCCUUGGACUACGCCGACGAGCACCCGGCAGCUCAGGUUAUUGGUGUCGAUCUAUCACCAAUCCAGCCCAGCUUUGUGCCCCCAAAUUUGAGAUUCAUUAUUGACGACAUCGAAGAGGAGUGGCAGUAUUCUAACCUUUUUGACUACAUCCACAGCCGAAUGAUGAAUUCCAGUGUGGCAGACUGGGCAACAUAUGCUGCCAAGAUCUAUGACAACCUAGCGCCCGGAGGCUACGUCGAACUACAUGAAAUCGAUAUAUUUGUGGCAUCCGAUGAUAACACAUUAAGUAAGAGCCACAAUCUCUAUCGAUGGGCUGAGCUCCUCCAAGAAGCAUCUGACAAACUCGGCCGCCCAUACUUCAACCCAAGCGGCCUGAAAGAGGUGCUCGAGAAAGCAGGCUUUGAAGAUGUCCACGAGUCUAGGUUCAAAUGGCCUUCUAAUCAGUGGGCCAAAGAUCCCAAGCAUAAAGAACUUGGGUUGUGGAAUAAUGAGAACGCGAAUUACUUCCUCGAGGGAGUAGCCAUCGCACCACUGACCAGAGCUCUGGGGUGGUCAAGGGAGCAAGUUGCCGUCUUUAUUGUACAGGCAAGAAAAGAAGUGAACGAUACAAGAAUUCAUGCCUAUUGGCCUAUUAUCUCGGUCUACGGACGAAAGCCCAAGACAGCUUGA